AUGAAACCUGUACGAAAAAAAACCAUUCGCAUACCUGAAAACAUUGCUGCUGUUAGGACUGCUCUCAAAAAAAGUCCAAAACGUUGUGCACGAAAACAUGCGUUAUCGUUAAAUUUGUUCAGUAGAAGUCUACGUCGGAUUUUAUACAUCAACCUAAACUUUCACCUGUGUAAGGUGCAGGUGGUUCAAGAAUUAAAAUCUGCAGCUCUCCAUAGCCGCACUACUUUUUGUCUAGAAAUGCUAAUCCGGAUGGAUGAAAACGAAAAUUUUAUUCAAAAUGUUUGGAUGUCUGAUGAAGCACAUUUCCAUCUUGAUGGUUUUGUGAAUAAUCAAAAUUGUCGUUAUUGGUCUGAAGAAAAUCCUCGGUAA